CGGGCCGCGCCUGUGAUGAUCCGCAGCCCGCCGCGAGCCCUGCCCCCGGCCGCGCCCGCCGCGCCGCGCGCGCUGCUCCCGCCGUGGCCCCGGCGCCCGGGCCGCCGCUGGCCCGCGUCCCCGCUCGGGAUGAAGGUGUUCCGCAGGAAGGCGCUGGUGCUGUGCGCGGGCUACGCGCUGCUGCUGGUGCUCACCAUGCUCAACCUCCUGGACUACAAGUGGCACAAGGAGCCGCUGCAGCACUGUAGCCCCGACGGGCCGCCCGCGGCCGCGCCGGGGGGCGGCUGGGAGCGCCCGGGCCCACCGCCGGCCGCGCCGCCCCGCGCGCACCCGCGCUCGGACCCGCGGACCCCGCCCCGCCCGCCCGCCGCCGCCGCAGCCGCCGUCGGGGCGGCCCCGGGGGCUCCCCCGGGACCCGCAGCCCCGCCGGGCAACGGCACGCUGGGGCCCGCGGGCGGCGGCGGGGCCAAGCGGCAGCUGGUGUACGUGUUCACCACGUGGCGCUCGGGCUCGUCCUUCUUCGGCGAACUCUUCAACCAGAACCCCGAGGUGUUCUUCCUCUACGAGCCCGUGUGGCACGUGUGGCAGAAGCUGUACCCGGGGGACGCCGUGUCGCUGCAGGGCGCGGCGCGGGACAUGCUGAGCGCGCUCUACCGCUGCGACCUGUCCGUCUUCCAGCUGUACAGCCCCGCGGGCAGCGGGGGGCGCAACCUCACCACGCUGGGCAUCUUCGGCGCGGCCACCAACAAGGUGGUGUGCUCGUCGCCGCUCUGCCCCGCCUACCGCAAGGAGGUGGUGGGGCUGGUGGACGACCGCGUGUGCAAGAAGUGCCCCCCGCAGCGCCUGGCGCGCUUCGAGGAGGAGUGCCGCAAGUACCGCACGCUGGUCAUCAAGGGCGUGCGCGUCUUCGACGUGGCCGUGCUGGCGCCGCUGCUGCGCGACCCGGCCCUGGACCUCAAGGUCAUCCACCUGGUGCGCGACCCCCGGGCCGUGGCCAGCUCGCGCAUCCGCUCGCGCCACGGCCUCAUCCGGGAGAGCCUGCAGGUGGUCCGCAGCCGCGACCCGCGCGCCCACCGCAUGCCCUUCCUGGAGGCGGCGGGCCACAAGCUGGGCGCCAAGAAGGAGGGCGUGGGGGGCCCGGCGGACUACCACGCGCUGGGGGCCAUGGAGGUCAUCUGCAACAGCAUGGCCAAGACCCUGCAGACCGCGCUGCAGCCCCCCGGCUGGCUGCAGGGCCACUACCUGGUGGUGCGGUACGAGGACCUGGUGGGGGACCCCGUCAAGACCCUCCGCCGGGUGUACGACUUCGUGGGGCUCUGGGUGAGCCCCGAGAUGGAGCAGUUCGCCCUCAACAUGACCAGCGGCUCGGGCUCGUCGUCCAAGCCCUUCGUGGUGUCGGCGCGCAACGCCACGCAGGCGGCCAGCGCCUGGCGCAGCGCGCUCACCUUCCAGCAGAUCAAGCAGGUGGAGGAGUUCUGCGCGCAGCCCAUGGCCCUGCUGGGCUACGAGCGCGUCAGCAGCCCCGAGGAGGUCAAGGACCUCAGCAAGACCCUGCUCCGGAAGCCCCGGCUCUGAGCGGGGGUGGGGUGGGGUGGGGGAGGC